AUGGUGGUAAUUCCAAGAAUAGAAUACCAAUUACAAGCAAUAGUAUUGAGUAAAGAGGAAUGCGAAUUUUUGAUGCAAAGAAUUAAUUGUUUGGUGAAAAGAUGUGCAAAUUUAUCAAGAUCGACACCAAAUUUCAUAAUUUAUGAAAAAGAAAUUUAUGGACUGAAAAUAAUAUAUGAUUUACAAUUAGAAAGUAUAAGUAAGAAUAUAAUUUAUCAAGCAAACGGUAACGAAAAAUUGAGGAGAUUAUUUAAAAUAAAAAUGAUGCAAGGACAAAAGAAUUUGGACUGCAAAAUGUAUAGGAGAAAUAUUUAUAAAGGAGUAAAUUGCUGGAUAAGAGACGCAAUUAAUUUGUUAAAAUCGGGAGACAUGAGUAUAUGUAUACAUGAAAUUGUAGAUAAAGAUGUAAAUCAUAAAAUUAAAGGAGGAAAUGUAGAAGUUAUUGAUCUUAUGAGUAAAAAAGAAAUAUUAAAAAGUGCACAAUCAAGAAGAACAAAAGGAGUAUUAUUUUUAGAACAAGUACUAGAAAGUGAUAAAGAACAUUUAAUGAAGUAG